AUGUUUUUCUUUGGUAAGGUUACAGCCGAACAGCCAUGGACUAGGGGGAAGGUUUUGUUUAUCUCACUCGCUCUCCGGCUAACUAUAGUUCUUUAUUCCAAUAUUCACGACUAUGUGUUCAAUGUCAGUUUUACUGAUGUUGACUAUCAUGUUUUCACCGAUGCGGCUCGUCAUGUGAACAAAGGAGGAAGCCCAUAUGAACGAACAACUUAUAGGUAUACCCCUGUGCUGGCUUUUAUGCUUUUACCAAAUUUGAAAUGGGCAGACUUUGGAAAGUUCCUCUUUUGCUUUUUUGAUAUAAUAGUCGGCUAUCUUUGUUUCGCUAUAAUGGACCAUUUCAAUUCAUUUUUUUCCGAAAGUAACUCGAAGUCAAAAAAAGAGAUUCAUAGGAAGGAUGCUCCGAAGAACUUGGAAAAUUUAGUGGAGGACCCUCAUAUUCUUCCAGUAGCUUGUCUAUGGUUGGGAAAUCCUUGGAUUGCAAUAAUUUCGGCUAGAGGAAGCUCCGAUGCCAUUGUAUGUGCCGCUGUUCUUUCGUCCCUCUUGUUACUGCAGAAAAAAAAUUGGGCUUUAUCCGCCGUAUGCCACGGUCUUUGUGCUGUCCAUUUCAAAAUUUACCCACUUAUAUACUUGCCUUCAAUCUUCAUUCAUUUGGCAGAAAUUAAGAAAACGUGGGGCAAGCCUGAGAUUUUAAAAGCUCUCUUUUGUAAUGUAAAGGGCUUUCUUUACGCUGCUAUAUCACUUGUGGGUUUUGGCUUAGUCGUUUUACUCUUCAACUGGGUGUACGGUGAUAUAUUUUUGGAGGAGUUUCUGAUUUACCAUAUCAGAAGAAAAGAUGUUCGUCAUAAUUUCUCGCCAUAUUUCUUGCCUCUCUAUCUCACACAGGAUCAACCAAGUCUAAGUGAACUUAUUGGUCUUCUUGCAUUUGUUCCACAAGUGCUCUCAAUUCUCUAUUUUGCUUUCAAGUAUUAUGAUGAUUUACCUUUUUGUUGGUUCCUCACAACGUUCUCAUUUGUUGCUCUGAACAAGGUGUGCACUAGUCAAUAUUUUAUUUGGUACAUGGUAUUCCUUCCUCUCAUCGUGGAUCGUUUGAAAAUGAACCUCAAUGAGGCUCUUAAACUAGUAGGAUUAUGGGUCUUUGGUCAAGCAUUUUGGCUUUUCUUCGCAUAUUUAUUUGAGUUCAGAGGCCUUCCCACUUUGGAGUACAUUUUCAUUGCCUCACAAGGAUUUUUAGUUAUAAAUUUUUAUAUAAUUCGACAGAUUGCUUCGAGUUAUAGUCCUAGUUUCCAAAACAAAACAAAGUCGGAAUAG